AUGCUGAAUUUGAUGGGUAUAGGAUGGGCAACAGAGACGCAGGUGGAUUCAGGGGAUGGACUCCCUGCUUCUGCUGUGCCAGGACUGACUCGUAAAAUCAUUGUAUCCCGCACGUCGGUCCGGCCAAAAGCCUGCAAUCAAUUGACUGGGAGGUGCAAGGGAGGCGGUUUGGAGUCGCCUCCAACAAAUAAGCUCCACAUGUCCACUCUGGGAGAACGGAAGUUCUCCCAAAAACCCAUGGGACUAGAGGCUUGCAACCUGCCCGUGGGUUUUAAAUUUCAUGCAAAAAACAGUAAUAGAAAAGAGUCUCCUGACUCCGGUAGAAAGCCUGGUACGGUAGCGCCAGGUAGGACGGGGUUGCAGGAGUCAUGUAGGCUACCGAAACGGAAAAGGACUAGGAUGACGAUCUGUACUUAUAACGCACGCACGCUUGCAUCGGAAGCGGCCAUCGAAGAUCUGAUGGUGCAAGCCAAGAAGAUCAAGUACGACGUCAUCGGACUGACCGAGACGAGACGACGUCACUCUCUCAACGCUGUAUUUGAAACUGGAGAAGAACUGUUCUUAGGAACAUGCGACAGUAGAGGUGUUGGUGGAGUUGGCGUCCUCGUCAACACGAGUAUGGCACAGAACAUCGACUCUUUCGAACAACUCACGACCCGAAUCGGACGUCUGCGGAUGAGAAGAUGUGGUCCCACACCGGCUUUGACUAUCUUCGUCGCUUACGCUCCAACAUCAAGCUACGAAGAAGAAGAAGUCGAAGCUUUCUAUAUGGACCUGGAGAAGUUCUACCGAGAAGAUCAUGCCUUUUACAAGGUCAUAAUUGGCGACUUCAACGCCAAAGUUGGCCCAAGAAGAACGCCGGAGGAACUUCACAUCGGGACCCACGGCCUACAAUGGAAUGACCAGGGGGAGAGGCUUUCCGAGUUCAUCAUGACGACUAAGACCAUCCAUGGGAACUCGCAAUUCCAGAAGCCCUCCUCUCUACGCUGGACGUGGGAGUCACCCGGUGGAGGGUACCGUAAUGAGAUAGACCACAUCAUCGUCAAUAAAAGGUUCUGCCUGACGGAUGUCGCUGUUGUACCAAAGUUCUAUACGGGAUCGGACCAUCGCCUCCUCCGAGGAAGAUUUUCUUUCACGCGGAGAGCAGAGAAAGCAGCCAAGUUCAGCAAGAGAGAUCCCAGAACUACCAUCAACUGGGAUCUCUUCGCUACGUUAGCCGGCUUUUGGGAAGAUUCCGCAAUGGACAACAUCGACGAGGAAUACGACCGGCUUGUCAAACACCUUCAUGACUGCGCGAAGAAGGCUGAGAGUAUUAAAACAACCAAGAGACGCCUGUCUCUUGAAACUCUUGAGCUGAUACGCCAGCGUGGAGCAGCACGAGCCGCAGGGAACCAAGAGCUUACGUCCGAGCUCGCAAGGCUUUGCAGAGAGGCGAUAAAGAAAGACCUUAAAGAGAGAAGAGCAGAAGUGCUGGCUGAAGCAGCAGAGGCGGGAAAAAGCACCCGCUAUGCCCGCCGAGACUUCGCCAGUCGCAAGACAAGGAUGACAGCUCUCCGGAACCCGAAGGGAACAACCAUUGCAUCGAGAAGGGGAAUGGAGAAAAUCAUCUACGACUUCUACUCUGAUCUCUUCGACAGCCGUGCCCACUUGCCUCCUCACCAUCUGAGGGAAGAUGGACAUGUCAUUCCAGCGGUUCUCCCGUCCGAAAUACGACAUGCUAUCAUGUCGGUGAGAAAUCGUACGGCAGCCGGUCCCGACAGAAUAAAACCAGAACACCUGAAGAACCUUCCGCCAGUACUCAUCAACACCCUGGCGAGGAUCUUCACACGUUACCUGUCGGAAUGCAAGGUCCCUAAACAGUGGAAGACCAGCAAGACCGUGUUGCUGUAUAAAAAGGGAGAUCCACAUGACAUCGGCAACUAUCGCCCAAUCUGCUUACUGUCCGUCAUCUACAAGCUCUUCACAAGAGUGAUCCUUAAUAGGAUUGAAAAGGUCUUGGAUGAAGGACAACCAUGCGAGCAAGCAGGGUUUCGAAAAGGAUUCAGCACGAUCGACCAUAUUCACACUGUUUCGAGACUCAUCGAGGUAUCACGAGAGUACAAGAUGCCGCUCUGUCUCACUUUCAUCGACUUGAAGAAGGCCUUUGACUCAGUUGAGACGGAAGCGGUCGUGGAAGCCUUGGACAACCAAGGCGUUCCCACUCAGUACAUAAAGGUGCUUCGAGAGUUGUACAAGGGGGUUCGACAGGGUGAUACAAUCUCACCCAAAAUAUUCACAGCCACCCUCGAGAACGCAAUGCGAAAGUUGGAAUGGGACGACAUGGGAGUGAAGAUCGAUGGUCGGCAGCUACACCAUUUGCGCUUUGCUGAUGACAUCGUACUGAUAACACCUAGCAUCAGCCAAGCGGAACGAAUGCUGACCGAAUUCGCCGAAACAUGUGGAUGCAUCGGUCUUGAGCUGAAUCUUCAAAAGACGAUGUUCAUGCGGAACGGAUGGAUCUCGGAUGCCCCAUUCACGCUCAACGGAACGAACAUAUCCGAAUGCACCAGCUACGUCUAUCUGGGUCGGGAAUUGAACAUGAUGAACGACCUGGCCCCCGAGCUGGGCAGGAGGAGAAGAGCGGCUUGGGGAGCGUACAAGAGCAUCGAGGACGUAGUGAAGAAGACCAAGAACACCCGGCUCCGUGCUCACCUCUUCAACACCACCGUACUUCCUGCUUUGACCUAUGCCUCAGAAACCUGGGCACUUCGCAAGCAGGAAGAAAACGCGGUGAGCGUCAUUGAACGCGCAAUUGAGAGAGUGAUGCUAGGAGUAUCCCGUUUCAAGCAAGUGAGAGACGGGAUUCGAAGUUCUCUCCUACGUCAGCGAUCGAAGAUCAGAGACGCCGCCGCGUUUGCCAAGGAAAGUAAAAUAAGGUGGGCCGGACACGUGAUGCGCUUUAACGACAACCGUUGGACCAGAGCCGUGAGCGACUGGAUUCCCCGCGAUAUUAAGCGCAAUACAGGAAGACCGCCGACCCGAUGGUCAGAUUUCUUCACGAAGUCCUUCAAAGAAAAUUACGAUGCUCUUCGUGUCCCACGCGAAAGGAGGAACCACUGGGCUACUCUGGCACGCGACCGGGACAAAUGGAAGAAUUACUGGCGCCCGCUCGACCGGUUCGAAGACCAACGGGAGUCAAGGUGA